AUGGCAACGGAGGAGAAGUUGUUUUUCCAAAAGACUGUUCAGCACCUUGCCAGGUCGCUGGCAGCUGUUAAGAAUUCCACGUGGGAAAGUAUUAACACACUUUUUUCACUUUGCCCUCAAGAGAAUGCUGGGGGAGUGUUUAGGCUUGACCAAAGAGCUUUAGAUUCUAUAAUCGCUCUUGGAAUAUACUUCCUUCAAUCAGGGCUGCAGCAUUUCGAUAAAAUCUUGCCCUACUUGAUAAGACUUUUGAAAGGUCUCCCUAAAGCUAUUUGGUCAGAUGAUGUCCAACUCAGCCCGACAGACAGAAUUCCAGUGGCUGAGAAGUUCAGCUUCUGUCUCAACACACUGCUGUCUGAUGUAGCAGUGAAAAAGGAAUCCCACAGAGAAGAAAUCAUUUCAAUUCAGGUCGCUUUUCUCAGUGAUCUCACAGGAAUAAUUCGUGGUAUCUACAAAGAAAGUGAUAAGAAUAGAAAUAGGAACAAGGUCACUCUGUGCAAGGUCACGGUGCCAAUUCUGAUUGGGCUAGCUAGAUCUAUGGGUAGGUUUGCCACAAAUGGCCCUCCACUCCUCUCACGACUUUUUCCAAAACCUGAGAGACCACAAAUGGUCAUUGUUGCUCCAACCAACGAAUCUCAAGUUUCAAAGAAGAAAAGUUUUUCAAACUUUAGAUCAAUCAUUCCAAGAUCACUCUCUGGUAACUUAAAUCUAACUACUUUGGAUAUAAUGACUUUAAGCUGUUUGGACCCAACUGCCGACUUGAGUGCAUUAGCACACAAUGAGCAGAGAUACCAAUCAGUUAGUUUUGAUCCAACCAAUCACUUUUUCUGUAAAUAUGGUUCCAGUUUCAACCAAUUUCCUCACAUGAGAAUUUCUGAUCCAUUUGAAAGGCGUGCCAGCAAUCUUAAAUUUGUCAUAGCACACUUAAAAAGUGUUCUAUAUUGUGCAAAAAAACUGUUGACUUCUGACAUGCUUGAGUUUCUGGACUCUCAAGCAUCUGACAUUCACGAGUCAGGCCAAUUCAAAGUGUUUCCAUACCGCAGCUUCGGUGAAACCUUAAACCUCGUCAUGGUAACUCUCUUGCGAGAAUUGCUCCAGUACCAAUUUGAUCUCCCGACUCCUUUUACCAAGGAUGUCCAAGAGUUCGUCAAAGGGUUAUUCCUCUCUGGACAAACAGAAUUACAGCCAAAGCAUCACUAUGCAAGUGAACGAGAAGACAAGGAAAUGAAUUUCACAACAGUAAACAAGUUUAAAGUAAAUGUGAUGGCAAACUCAGCUUGUGUGGAUUUGUUAGUAUGGUCGAUUGGGGACGAAGGAGGAGCAGAUAGCUUGUGUGGUAGGUUGGCAGAGAAAAUAAACUCAAGUCAUAAUCUUAAACUAGUUCUUGCUCAUAUGCCAUUGUUGAUGGUCUGUCUUGAGGGUCUAGGAAAGCUUGCAGAGAAAUUUCCUACGAUUGCAAAUACAUCAAUUCAGUGUUUGAGAGAUUUUCUUGUGAACCCAUCACCGAUUCUACUGAAGUUGUAUCGACUGCAUUCUGAAAAGGCAGAUGCAAAUGACAUAUCUGUUGUAAUGCAAGGAAAUGAACUGAAAGCAGUAAAAGAGAAGCCAAAUCAAUCCCAAACACCUUUUGAAAAACUAAGAGAUGCUGCCAUUGAAAAUCUUUGCAUUUCUUUAAGAGCAGCUUACAGCAUUGAUCCCUACUGUAUUGCAGCUUUGGUAGCAUCCUUAUCAAAUAGACUCUUUACCGCUGAAAAAGCUGAUGAAUCGUCUCUUAUUCCUAUGAAUACGAUAGUUAUGCUCGGACACAUUGCAAUCUCCCUAAAGGAUACCCCCAAAACAACUGACACCAUUCUACAGUUCUUUCAGCAGCGGUUUUGCCGAGUGCCAUCAGCUGUUGAUGUCCUCAUAGUUGAUCAGUUGGGAUGCAUGAUCAUUGCAAAAUGUGAAACAAAUGUGUAUGAAGAGAUAAUGAGAAUGUUUGUCACAAUCACAGUAGAAGCAAGUAAUGCUGCUUACAGUAAUGAGAGAACAAAUCAGUACCGACAUGUUUCAGGUGCUGUAAUAAAUGCUCUUGCAAACAUUGCUGCAAACUUGAAAGGAGAAACAGAAAUGAACGAAUUGCUUGUCCGCUUACUGGAAUUGUUUGUUCAGCUUGGACUCGAAGGCAAAAGAGCAUCUGAAAAGGCUCCCGCCUCUAACAAAGCAUCAAGUAGUGCAGGAAACCUGGGAAUGUUGAUUCCUGUGAUAGCAGUCUUGGUACGCCGUUUACCAAUGAUUCGCCAUCCUAAACCACGUUUACACAAAUUGUUUAAAGAUUUUUGGCUUUAUUGUGUCGUCAUGGGGUUCAUCACAGAAUCUGGGCUGUGGCCAGCUGAAUGGUAUGAAGGAGUGAAACAAAUUGCUGUGAAGUCACCAUAUCUUGUUUCCCAGACGUCAUCACGUUCUGAAAUGAGAGAACUACAGUACACUUCAGCUGUUAGAAAUGACAGUGUUUCAAUCAAUCAACUGCAGGAGUUCAAAACACAAAUUUUACAACUGUUGGAAAACCCUGCUGAAAUCACAGCUAUUGUGAACAAACUUAGUUUUGCCCAGUGUACAUACUUGUUGUCAGUAUAUUGGCUAGAAACUCUUAGAGUUGAAAACUCAGCUGUUCCUAGCAUUCAUCCAAUACUAGAAUAUCUAAAUGAUGCCACAAUACAGAAAGACAAGUACGGUAUGUGGCAGUGUGUAGCAUGUGUUGGAGACAGAGUAUUUGCCAAAUUCUUGAAUGUAAUGUCCUACAAACCAAAAGAUGAAAACAGAGAAAAAGAACUUGAAUAUCAUGCUCAGUUCAUGUUGGUAAAUUUCAAUCACAUACAUAAGCAAAUAAGACGUGUAGCUGAUAAGUACCUCUCUAGCCUGGUGGAUAAAUUCCCUCAUCUCUUGUGGAAUUGUCGAGUGUUGUGGAGCAUGCUUGACAUCUUGCAAGUUUUGUCAUACUCAUUGGAAUUAGAUCCAAAUGAUGAAACGCCAAUGCUUAAAGUUCCAAGUACAUCUUACAGCAUUCCACUAAUGGACACUUUGGAAGCACGAGAAAGUAUUGUAAAUGACUUUGCUGCCAGAUGUUUAGGUAUUGUUCAAGAAGCAAUGAAAUGGGCUCCCCAAGCAACAAGAUCACAUUUGCAAGAAUAUCUUAAUCAAAUUCCACAUUCAGGUCAAUGGCACCACUCUGGUCUUGCACUUGCCACUGAAAGCAUUCUAAUGUCUAAAGGCUUAAAUCUACAAUCAGCACCUCUUCCCACAAGCACUCUAGAAAAAAGACCAAGGUGUGUUAAAAGUGAUUCUUCAAGAUUUGUUUCUUCACUAAGCCUUAGGAGUAGAUUUUCUGGGCAAGUCUCAGGAAUGCUUCAAACUGGUGUUCCAAAAGAAAAGAUUAUAGAAAAUGUAAUUAAAGACGUUUGGGAGGCAUGUCGAGAAGAAUCAAAUGCCCAGCACCAUAAUACUUUGUGGCGAGCUACUGCCUUGUUGAUAUCUUCAGAGGAUGCACCCCGUAACCUGUUAAAUGUUGUUGCCUGUUCACAACUAGAACUUUUCACUGAACGCUCAAUGACAACAGCAACAGAAUGUUGGCAGUGGCUCAUCACUGCAAGACCAGAUUUGGAACUUCAGUUUCUACAGGAAAUGUUUUCAGCUUGGCAAUGCUCUGUUGACAAACAGUUGGGAUUAUUUUCAAAAGAGGAAGAAGAAGUGAGUCCACUUGCCGCUUACGAAGGUUGUAUCCUUGAACCACUCCCACCAUUUGUAAAACCUCACGAUAUUUGGAUUCAAUUUAUUGUAGAACUUGUGGAAACUGCAAAGUACAACAACCAAGACAAGAUUGACAUGUUGGCAAAUUUACUACAAUAUUCACUGUUUAUGAUAGUUGGAGGAACUGAACAGCCUAGACAGAACAGGCAUAUUGCUGCAGUAGGUGCAAGAUUCAGACUGUUAUCUUGUGGCCUUUCGCUUCUUCAAGGGGAUGUCCUUUCACGAUCUUUAGCCAAGAAUGUUCUAAGAGAACGUGUUUAUUCUACAUGUUUGGACUACUUCUGUGGCCCAAAGCGUUGUCCAACACAAAGAGGCACAGAACUGCGUGAUGACAUUCAUGUUUUGCUAAAGUUUUGGCAAACAAUGCAUUCAGACAAAAAGUAUUUGAUGGCAAGUGUAAUUGGUGACUUUGACGUUUCAGGCUCUGUAGCAGAUCAGAAUCUUACGGGAGGGGAUGCAAAGUCACAAAGUGGCAUUGUGCCAAUAAAUGAUUUUCCCAGACCUCAAGCAGCCACAGGAUGGAUUAAUACCGUCCCACUGUCUUCUUCAACCAAUACAUUAACUAAGAGAUCUAACAGGUCUAAACGACAAGUGAACAGCGGAGACUUGUUUGUUAAAGACUACAUAAAAAAGAGGAAUCUUAUUUUAGAUUUACUUGCUGUUGAAAUUGAGUUUUUGUUAACUUGGCACAACCCUACUUCUAGGCCCGACAUGAAUUUUCCAGGAGAAGACACAAUAGCAGCUUGGAAAUCUAAAACAGUGUCAGAACGCACUUUGAGAGACACUGCUCGACUUGCUUGGGACAUAAGUCCAGCACUUGCUGUGUUUUUACCAGAUAGGCUGAAAAAUGCAGAAGCGAUUGUGAAAGAAGUUUCAAGAUUAGUCCGUUUGCAUCCAACUCUAGUGUGCCACAUUCCACAAGCUUUGAAGUUCUUGGUCACAACUGACACUUUGCUGAAUGAUGCUCAAGAGUUAGUCCACAUGUUAUCCUGGGCCAGAGUAACUCCAAUCCAGGCACUUUCAUACUUUUCACGUCAAUAUCCUCCACAUCCCAUCACAGCACAGUAUGCUAUUAGAGUAUUAACAAGCUAUCCAGCAGAUGCUGUUUUAUUCUAUAUCCCGCAGUUAGUCCAAGCUUUAAGACAUGACACAAUGGGCUACGUGACUGAGUUCAUCAAGUACAUCUCCAAGAGGUCCCAAGUUGUGUGUCAUCAGCUUAUUUGGAACAUGAAAACAAACAUGUAUAUUGAUGAAGAAAUGCAUCAAAAGGAUACAGUGCUGUUCGACACAUUGGAUUCAUUGACAAAAACAAUAAUAGGAUGUCAUUCGGGACCUGCAAAACAGUUUUAUGAAAGAGAGUUUGACUUCUUUAGUCAAAUUACAAACAUAUCUGGAGAAAUUCGACCUUUCCCCAAAGGACCUGAGAGGAAAAAAGCCUGCUUAGAAGCUCUGAGCAAGAUUGAAGUUCAACCAGGGUGUUACUUGCCCUCAAACCCUGAAGCCAUGGUAAUAGACAUUGAUUACAAAAGUGGAACUCCUAUGCAAAGUGCAGCAAAAGCUCCUUACCUAGCAAGAUUUAGAGUUCGACACUGUGGUAUCAAUGAACUAGAGGCUAUUGCACUUUCAAUAUCCGAUGGAAUGACAAAAUUGGAUGACAGUUUGGAUGUCAGCAUGGGCCCCGAGAUGUGGCAAGCUGCCAUAUUUAAAGUCGGUGACGACGUUAGGCAAGAUAUGUUGGCUUUGCAAGUUAUUGGAAUCUUCAAGAACGUAUUUCAACAGGUCGGUCUAGAGUUGUACUUGUUUCCUUACAGAGUCGUCGCCACUGCUCCUGGAUGUGGAGUGAUAGAGUGUGUACCAGACGCCAAAUCAAGAGAUCAGCUCGGACGACAAACGGAUAUUGGCAUGUAUGAAUACUUCAUCAAAACCUAUGGGGAUGAGACCACAAAGGAAUUCCAAAAUGCCAGAAGGAACUUUGUCAGGUCGAUGGCAGCCUACAGCGUCAUCGGUUUCCUUUUGCAAAUCAAGGACAGACACAAUGGAAACAUCAUGCUCGAUAAGGACGGCCACAUUAUCCACAUUGACUUUGGAUUUAUGUUUGAAAGCUCCCCAGGAGGGAAUUUGGGCUUCGAACCUGAUAUUAAGUUAACAGAUGAAAUGGUGAUGGUAAUGGGUGGAAAGACAGAAGCUGCUCCAUUUCGUUGGUUUACAGAACUGUGUGUUCAAGCCUAUCUGGCUGUGAGACCUUAUCAGGAGGCCAUCAUAUCACUGGUGUCGCUUAUGCUAGAUACUGGUCUGCCUUGCUUCAGAGGACAAACCAUCAAACUCAUGCGAGCCAGAUUUGCUCCUCAAGCUAGUGAAAAAGAAGCUGCAGCCUAUAUGAUAUCUGUAAUUCGCAAUUCUUGCUUAAACUUCAGAACACGUACUUAUGACAUGAUUCAGUAUUACCAAAAUCAAAUUCCCUACUAAACAUGUGUGUAGUUUAUGAUCAAUUAUAUUUUAUUCUUUAUGUUCUUCUAUUGAUUAUUGUUACAUGAUUAUAAAAGGGUGUGCUUAUGGAAGUAGCAGUUAAUAAUUUGUCUUUGUCAUUAAGCGUAAUGUGUCUAUUUCAUUAAAUAUUGGGUACUUCUAGAGUUGUAAUGGUUAUUAAUUUUGAAAGUGAGUGAAAGUUAAAUACAAAACAAUUACAAUUUUUUUUUCUUUUUUAAAUGUUCAUGUUUUUUUACUUUAUUGUAAGUUUUUGAAUUUCUCUUUGUUCUUGCCAUGAGUUGUAAAACAAUUGUACUCCAUUGCCAAAUCUAGGAAGAAGUAAUAGAUUCAUUUCCUGUUUAUAUUUAAAUUUAUAUGUAUAUACUAGCUGUGUACCCGUUCUACGCACGGGGAUCUUAUAAUAUUCAGUUGAAACCUUCUUAUAUAAAGAACAGCAGUUGGUUUGCAUAUUUUAAGAUAUGCUGGCCAAACUAUUAUACAUAGCUUCAUUUUAUGUUGUUUUUUGUUGUUCCGGAUCGGUAUGACAAUCAAUAAAAGGUUAAAUUACCUCUGUGUCUGCCGGU